AUGGUAUCUCAAGCUGCAAAUACUACCCCACAACGUCCCAGCAUUCAGGAAUUGAAGAAGAAAUAUGAAUCAAACUCCUCAACCUGCAACUCCGAAGUCAGCAAAACCUCCAAGCCCAAAUCCCCGAAGUUACUCAAAAAAUUCAAGGUCAAACAAAUGGCAAAUAUGUUCAACAACAAGGUGGCCCAGAUCGUCAAAAGUGAGGCCAACAGCAAGGGCUACAAUACCCUGGUAAGCGAACUUUCAGCAGAUGGAAAGGUAGAGGGUAAUAAGCCCAAUACAUUACCCAAACCUCUACCCUUGCCGCGGACUCGUUACACCAAGGAAAAAGUACCGGUGCCCAGUCCGCGCUCCAAAUCCUUGGCUCGAUUGCAGAGGAAACCCAGCUGCUUUGUGGCUGAGGAUGCCUUUGCCAAAAUGUCGGUGAAAGAUAAGGCCCAGCUGUAUACCCAAUUCGUGUCCGAUAUGUCAAGGAAGAAUCCCAAAUUUGUUGAACAUGUUGAAGCCUUGGAGGCGAAUAUCAAAAAGGAAGUGGCCCGCGGUGAAGUGGUCAAUGAAAAACAGGAAUCUGUGAAAAAUCUUCUGGCCAAUUUGGAGGCUCGCUGUGUCUUCCCCAAGCAAAGAAUCUCUCCCGAUGCUGUGGAGAGACUGAAUUCUGUCAGACAGCCAAAGGUGAAGGGAAAAGCCCUCGAUAUUCCCAUUAAAUCCAAGGAAUUUGAGGACCUCGUCAAGCCCAAAGUUUCGCACAUUUCCACCCUGACAAUUACCCUGCAAAGUGCUUCUUCAUCUCCCGUUAAAGAGAGACGGGAAAGGAGAUCCCGCUCUUUACCCAGAAGGAGAUGUGAGGUGGAUCAAAUUGUAAAUUUGAACAUUUCUGAACCCUGUCACAAACGUCAUAAUGAAAAGAUGCGUACCACCCUCUCCAUUGAGGCCUAUGCUCCGCCCAAGAAGAUCCGACGCACCAGGGCCGAGCACUUGGCUCCUCCUCAUGUCUUUCAGAAUCAACAUUUGGAAACUUUGUUUUAUUCUUGGCUCAAGGAGAGACAUGAAGAGAGUAUGGAAGAUGUCAGGGCGGAGGAAGAGGAUGAGGAACAGGUCGAAGAAAAAUCUGCCGUGGAUAAGCUGCUCGAAGAGGCCAUUGCCAAAUUGGAAACGGUGAAAAUUCAACAAAAACAAGAGAAGCAGGAGGCCCAAGGUAAACAGAAUCCCGUAGAAGAAGUGCCAAAACCUUCCUCUCUAAGUUCGGAGGUAUCUACCACCUCCUCGGCUAAACAAACCGACGGGGAAGAAAGUGAAUCGGGUAUUUCACAAGUGGAAAAGGUAAGUCCAUCUGGUGAACAAUUUUCCUUGAAAAAAGUGGCUCAAUUUCCCGAUUACUCCUCUUCUCCCCAGCACACCACUGAUGAUUCGUCACAGGCGCAAAAUCACAACGAUUCGACUGUCUUCGCCAAGCCCCUGAAACCCUUGAGGAAAAAGAAAAUGCGCCGCAGCCUUAGCUGGCGUAAGGAUAGCUCUUUGGUGGAAACCAAUACCAUUAGUUCCACAGAUUCGGAAACGGAUAACCCAGCGGAAAAGCCUCUCAACAAAGUGGCGCCCAACAUGAAAAUUGGAAAUAAUGAAAAGGCGCCUCAAGAAAAGCCUUUGGAUAUGACUGAGGGUAGCUUCAGCGAACUGGAUAAGUCCCUCAUACAGUCGGUAAAUUCGCCGAGGAAAAUAAAAUCGGCCUAUACCCUAACCGUGUGUACUCCCAUGGUGGGCAAUGAAGGAAUCCUCAGCUCUCAACAGCAAAGGGAGCUACAUUCGCAAGCCGAUUCAACAAUUAUUGGAAAUUCAGGCUGCGAUGAAAAGAAAACACCUGAGCUACCUCGUUCCCUAACCGAUAGCUUCGAUCAGGGCUUUGAGACGGGCUCAAAUGACAUAGACAGCCCCAUAAGGGUAACACGGAAAACUUCCCUACGCCGCCUAGAGAAACCACCCAGUGCUCCGUUGUUUGUCAAGUUGGACCAGGAAAAGAAGUCAAGCGAUGAUGAUGUGCCUUCAAGUUUCUCAACUCCCGUGAAAUCCCUAACCGGGUCCUCGACAGCAGUACCCUUCAAUGAAUCCGGCACAGGAGCUCGUCAACAAAUCUUCAGUCCCAUUGGCUUGCCAUUAAAGCAGCAACGACGACGCUCCAUCUAUGACGCCGAGUCGCGGAGAAGUUCUCUGGCCAUGCAGGUGAUUCGGGAAGAUCAUCCCCUGGAACAUCAUGAAAUACAAUCACCCAGGUUCAUGAAUUCCCAACAGGUGUUCUUCAGCCAAGAGACCUCCAACCACCAUCAAUUGCAGGAAUCUGCGGAAAAUUCUUCCAAAUUUUGGAUUAACUGCGGCGACUGUUCUAUGUCUCUGGAGAUCCAUCGCAACGAAAAAGAACGCGUUCAAUUGCUCUAUGAAAUCUUUAGCCAGAGGAGUUGCGAUACCAAGGAUUUACAUUUCGGCAUUGAUGGUUAUAAAUUUGCUGUACACGAAGCACCCUCUAAUGAUUCGGAGGAUGUGGAUAUCCUGAAGCGUUUACCUCAUCAAGAAAACUGCUCGCAAUACUGGUUCUCCACCGGAGACUUGGCCAUACCAUUUGCGGGAAAACGUCUCACCCAAGGGAAGAUUCAAAGAAUCUUUCAAUUCAUCAAAUCCUCCGUGGAGGAAACCGGCACCCUACGCUUCGGGGUCGAUCACAUGGAAUUCUCAAAUGUCCCGGAAUUUUGGUCCCAAUCUCCUAAAUUCUCCAUGGAAAGUAAUUACAGCAUGUUGGUUGGUCUACAAUCCGGCACUAGCAAUGGCCUAGAGGGACGCAGCAAAUAUGCCUGGCCUCACUCGAAACCCAUACCCGUUAGCGAUCUUGAUCAAUCGGAUUUUGAAAGUGACAUAUUUGAUCAAGAAGAAGAAGUCGAAGAGGAGGAAUCAGGUCGACUUUCCCUCUCCCCAUUUGGAAGCAAUCACUUCGAUUUGGCCUCCUUGGGAGCUGAAGAUCUCAUGAUGCCACGGAACAGUGAUGCAAUGCGUUUCAAUUCCGAUUCAUUUGGUAAGGAUUAUGAAAAUGAAUCAUUGGAUCAUCUCUUCGAAGAGAAGAAAACCAACCCCACCAUUCAGGAAAAAUCACCUCCAAUGGAUUCCGUGCCGGAAAUGUUAAAUGUCCUGAAAAAUCAACAUGAACGUUUGAGCUCGGUCAAGGAACGUCUAUCCAACUAUCACAAUCCCACAAUGAUCUCAUGUGAAACUCUGGAUGCCCUGCAGGGUAAACCGGAAUAUUUAACGGAAUUAAAGAAAAUCGUGGCGGAUAUUGGAAAACUGGGAUCCAGUGAUAGCUUCAAGUCAUGCUCCCUUGAAGAAUUGGAAAGGUAUAUGUUCUUCUUGAGUCGUUAUGCCGAUAUUUGUUUGAACAGUUGCAGCAAUCACAUGGAUAAAAUCUUGGAUGCUCUGCUCGAUCAAAGAGCGGUAUAUGUUUAG